AUUAGGUUACUACACAAAGCGCAAAUAGGAAUGAAAAUACGAUUGUUACCUGUGUUGAUUAUAAUACAAAAUUAACCUGGAAUAAGAUGUUUAAUAGUGAUUAUUACUGUAAGAGGGGUGCCAGAAAAGAGAUCUGCCUGUAACAGUACAUGGGUUCAGCAUAUGACAUUAGGUACCAGAGUGGUGUAGGGAGAAGACACCAUGAGUCCGUGUCCCACAGUGAGCCAAAUUCAGCUCGGCUUUCAACCAUGUCUCAUAGACCUACAUCUGCGAUUGAUGGCAGACUGGUUCAUGGCUCCUAUGGGGACCUGUCAACAUCACCGAUGGACUUGAAACUUGGCCGGGACCUUUGCCAUGAGUUGUACAAGAGGUAUCCUCACGCUUUCGCUCGUAGACUCAAGGCUAGGGAAGGUGGCCAGAAACUGUUAAAUGCUCGUAACCACGUGUGGUUCCAGGAAAACACGAGUCGUUCAAACCCAUCAAGUGCUAGAUCUGUUGGUGAGAUUGAUUCCAAAUCUGGACAUGCAAGCCGGGAUGUGGAACUUCAUUACUAUGCAAGGCCAAGAUCAAGAUUAUCAGAGGAUGCUUUAAGGCUGACAAGUCAAACUCAUGGAAUUUAUGACCCGCCGUUGACUGUGACUCAAAAGCUCAAGCAGAACAGUCAAAACUUGAACGCGUUGUUGAACGAGAAUUCUCCGCUAAACCCCUUCAAUAAUAAAUAUCAUACAGAUUUGCAGCAUGACACAAGUACAGACUUACAAGAGUACAUGAUUGAAAGGGGUAAAGAAAGAAGCAGACAUAGACAGAAACAUAAACGAAUCAUCAUACAACGAAAGAUUAACGGGAGCGAUGAAGGCAAUAAGGAGAACAAAAGCAAGGCAAGAAGAUGGGUGAGUAAAUCUGCCUCUCCUACUUCAAGAAAUAGGCAGCAGUACAGUUUACCAAAGUCGCCCUUAAAUGAAGGGCAUCUUGUAAAUAUUGAUACAUUACUUGCCGAGUCAGAUUUAAAAAUAGACUCAGUUCUCGAGAGAAUCACUCGGCAAAUGGUCAGCCCAGAUUUCCCGGCAAAAAGUUCCAAUGAAAAGGGAGAUGAUUCCAUGGAGUGGCUGGAAACCUCAAAGAUAGCGGAGGUGAAUUAUUUGCCCUCGCUGCUCAAAGGCACAAACAGCAGAUGUGAAAGUCCAGCGAUAGAUUCUAGUCCGGGCAGUAGUGCUAGUACAUGCAAUAGGAAACAUUCUGACAGACAGACAUCUCAGAAAGUAACUAAUACGAGUGCAGUGAGUGAUUCAGACACUGACGAGGCACAAACUAGGCAUCCUGAUCCAGAUGUUACCAGGCCCUCUGCAGUAGCAGCAGCUGUUACCUCAGACUACGAAGUCGAGCUGAAAAUCAAUGAGAUUAAUGAUAUAAAGCACAGGUUUGUGAGUAAUUCUGAACAUAUAAACAGUGAAGACACUACAGCAGUGCCAGGAAUAUUGAAAGUAUGUUUUGACCCUUUGGAAGUUGACUUGCCCAAAUGUGAAAGCGAGGGGAUAGAUUUUACUCACAGGGACUGUGAAACUGUGAUACACGAGAAUCAAAGUGUGGCUGAAUGCAGCCAAGGUGCUUAUAAUUGUGAUAAACGCGCGAGUCCAUGUGAUAGUGCGGGUUAUAUCAACAACGAAUGUGAAAAUCAAUGUGAUAAUCAAACAGGUCAAUGUGGUGAAACAAAUGUUAUUAAAGUUGUGAACAAAAUUUGUGAAAAUGAUGACUGUGAACAGGGUGAGAAUGUUGAGUGUUGUCAUGGUGACAAUGACCUGCCGAUGGAUGGUUAUGUUGCCAUGGAUACCAGAUCUGUAAAGCAGACGACAGUCAUGGUUUCCAGGAGCAGUCAGCAAGAUUCUGAUUUGGACUCAGGCAUAGGAUGUGGAAGCUCAUGUGCAGAGGUUCAGCCUGGCCAAUCCAAGGGCAGACAAUCCACGUCUGGCAUGAGGCUGCAACCUGUCAAGGCAGACCACAGUAUUCUCCCUUUAAGGCCUGAUUUUGAGAUUCCAAGUGUUGGAAUGGGAGGCAACUCUUUGGAUGUCUCUGACGACACGAACAUAAGGCUGGGAAUCUGCCGCGAGUCCAUCCGGGAGAAAAAGGUCGUGGAAAAGUACAGAAGGGCUAGAACGCCAUGUCGCCACAUUAUCAUUAAGACCUCAGAAAUUAACAGACCAAAGAGUGCCCCUACGUUGGAGUCAAAAUCAAACUUAAAACCAGUGGAUAUACCCAUUUCUGCUGAAAACUCUGACUUUUCUCCUGAUGAGGAGUUUAUUGCUCAGAGCCAGACGCUAGGUAGACAAGCGUCUAGAAGUCCCAGAUCAGUCCAAGAGAAGUAUGCAUCCACACCUAAUCUUGUGAAUGCUAACAAGUCUUCCACGUUAACUGGUCCGAUGCAUGACAAGUGGUCCUCUAGCACACAGCAUCUGAAACCUCGUAAAAUCUCACAGGAUUCAACAGAAUCUUCAAGAGAAGAUGGUUCCCUUUCUGAGUCUGAGAGCGAUGAAAGUAUUGGGGAACCGGUUGAACAUAAUUUUCAUGUAAACAGUAGUACACCUGUUCACAGGCAUCCCCCUUUGAAUUAUGAGCGUGGUUACAAUAGUGAUCAGAACACUUUGUUUUAUGGUCAAUUGAAUCCGGAUUUUCGUGAAGGAAAAGGUUCAGAGACUAAUAUCUUAGGAAAAAAAGGCAUGUUUAAACCAGCAGUGUCAUCCCCCCGUGUGAAAGAAAAAAGACUUAAACUGAGAAGCAUUUUAAAGAACAAGAAAGGCAGUUUUAAUCCGAUAGUUAGUGAGAGUAAUCAUUCCGUUGCAGAGAGAGCAACUGUGAAUAGGAUAUAUGCUAAAGACAGGGGACAAGGAAAGGAAGCUACUCAUUCCAUUCCACAGUCUAGUGCAAGAGAAAUUUAUAGUGAUUUAGACACUGACUGCAGAAGAAGUGAUAGUGAGAGAAGUGGUUCUAUGAGUGAGCGAAACUUUGGAAGACGUUUGGCGUCUUCAGGUUCAGCAGAUCCCUUAGAGAUUGUGGCUGAUGUUCACAGGACCAAUUCUGGUUCUGAAAGACUGGAAUUUAACAGUGCGAGCUCAAAGAAUUAUUUGAAAGAAGACUCCAGAUUGGGAAACGCCCAAUCCCGACUUCAACAUGAAAAUUUGCCUCAAAGUGACCAAAAUACUCGGGAAUCAGGAAAGAGUCGAUCAUUGCAAACAGACACAGAACGUUCGCCCAAAGCACAGCCACCAAAGAAACCAGCUCGGACGAAGCAUAAGCGGGCUGCACCUGAUCUCAGCUUCUCCAAGUAUAAAAUAAAAACUCCAGAAGCGAAAGCUGUAAGCACUCGUGCAAAUGGUAGUCAAAAUUACAGUAGUGAAGUACAGCCAGUUCUACAGUUGUACCGGGAAGAAACUCCCUGUUCGGCAAUGACAGAGGUGCCUUUAUCAGACACGGAAGACGAAAUGGAACAUGUCCCCGUACAGUCCAGCAACCUGACAAAAGCAAAGGAAAUGAGUGCUUCAAAAAGUUCCUUAUUUGAUAAAACUAGUGGAAAACUGAAACUCUUUGGUAAAUCAACAAGUUUAGAAAAGGGACUUGAUGAAGAGACUAAGAAAUCACAUAGUAAGGGAGGUAACCUGUUCAGCAAGAUGAAGAAAGCCUCAUCCAUAAAGUCGAUUACCUCCCUUUUCAAGCGAAAAAAGAAGGAUAAAGUUGAGGACAAGGGCUCCACCAAUGCCAUUAACAGCAAUUGUCAUCUUUCUGAGUCACACCGCAAGCAGUGGUCAUCUUGUCACGUCCUGUCUUCCACCGACCCACCCACUGACCACUCCACACCGGUCACUUCCACAACACUGGGCGGUCAUCCGAUCGGGCAGCUGCAGAAGAUAAAUCAUGAUGGGACACAGGUGGUUCGCCUUACCAAGCCAGAAAGCGGACCUUUGGGGUUCUAUAUAACAAAGGGGAAUGCUAAAUAUGGAAAUGGAAUCUUUGUGUCUCGAUUCUCCAGCACAGACCGGGACCGAAGUUUCGCAGGCCUACUUGGCGUUGGAGACGAGAUAUUGGAGGUCAACGGUCACCCAGUGAGCACUCUGUCAAAGGACGAAGUGUACAGCCUCAUAUGUGCCAGUCCCAUCAUUGUACUGAAAGUUUUCCCAUUUAUAGCUCGGAAGGAUGUGUGAAAGAUGACUCUUCCCUGUUAUUGUAUGGAAAUAGUUCAGGUCCUAUGAUUUAUAGCAAGAAAAGAUAUUUGAUAAAUUGUUCCUGCACUUUCCUUACAUACUGGGGUAGAUGUUUAUAAAUUACUUAUUUGUUCCAGUCUCUUCUUUGAGAAGCAAGUUUUUUUUCGAAAACUUGUAUGAUCAUUAAGUUUUAAAAAUUGCUUGAUAAACAACGGCUCCUUGUAUUACAAGAAAUGACCAUCAAGCACUACCUUUUGAUUUUAAGUUUGAAAGAUCACAAGGAUGUAUUACAGAUCACAUUUCUUUUUAUAUUCAGAGAUUGUGGAGAAAGAAAAUGUUUGGUAAUUCAUGCUUCCCCUAUUUACACAAACAGCUGUUGGAUAGAUCUACAUUUCCUUUAUUGUAAGGAAUCAUGGUUGAUAGAUUUUUUUUUUCUUCAAAAAAUGUUUAAAUGAUCACUAGUUCCUCAAUAGCAACAAUUAUGUUUUAUUGAUUACAAAUUCGUCUAUAGCAAUCAGUAUGAAUGAUUGAUCACAACUUCCUCAAUAGCAAAAGGAGUAUUUCAUAGAUAACUCUUUCUUUUAAAAUAUAUAUAAUGUUAUAUAUAUCACUCUAGCGAUAAUUCUUGCGGCUUAGAUACUGUUUCUUUAUUCGAAGGUCAGAUGCAAAUGUCUUAAAAAAUGUCAUGCUUUAUAACUAGCAAUAAUUAUUAUUCAACUCAAAUGUUGAUUGAAAGACAUAUUUAAAAAGACAACAAAUUAAUAAAUAUAAAUUUAUAUUUGUACUUAUCUAACUGAAUUUGGAUAUUAAAUGUGCUUUCAAUUCAAUAAAAGUAUAAAUUCCUUGUGCAUUUGUAAAAAGGUAACUAGUUUAUUUAUGUUUGUUUCUAUGCACUUUUAUAUUCUGUUGCUUUAAUUAAUAAAAUCAUACUUUUGUAGGCGAUUUAUUCACUUUCGAUAUUGCAUUAUUAAUUGAAAACUUUUGAAGAUGUGAGAUUAUUUGUAUUGACAACAUUCAUUAAGGCCAGUAAGUUUACAUCUAUGUUUCUUGUUAUGUUGUAAAAUAUUGUAGAAACAUGGUUUCUAGUUUUGUUUUAAGUAAUAAAUUAUACACCAUUUAGUAUUAACAUGUCUCUUUUUGAUAACAACUUAUAUAACCAUAGAUUUGAAAUUAAUAAAAUGUACUAGAAUGACAUAAGCAGUAUUUUUAAUUAAAAAGCGUAAUGAUUGAUUCUUGAUUAAUAAUCUUUCAUAAAUGAAAAGAUACUUCCCUGAAUUUAUCAUUAAAGUUGUAUUCUCAUACUUUUAUUAAUUUAAAUAAUUAUUCACAUUUAAUAUACUUGUAUAUAUAGCUGACUAGGAAUUACUGUUUUCCAUUAGCAAAUGUCAUGCAACAACUCUAGAUGUCUUUAUUUAUGUGCAAUCAAUUUAUGAUAUUUCUAUAUUAACAUGCAGUAUGUGUCACACUCAAAAUAUUAAUUAAUAUAAACAGUAGAAUUUUUUUUAAUGUAAUCAAGGUCUUCCAUGAAAUACAGUUUUGGUAUAAUUAUAUUACUUCAGUUAUAGUUUGAACAUUCUUUCUCGUGAUAUCCUUAGUGUCAUUUAUGAGUAUAUUUGAAGGCUUCACUUAAGCAUGUAGAAACAUUUGUGUACGUGUUUUUGGUUAAAGUGUUUGUUCAUUUUUAUGCCCCUGAAGGAGGGCAUAUAGGGAUCGCACUGUCCGUCCGUCUGUCUGUCUCUCACACUUUGCGUUUAGGUUUUGGAAAAUGCUCAUAACUUCUAUGUCGCUUCAGAUGUAACCUUCAUAUUUGGUAUGCAUGGGAACAUGGACAAGGCCUUUCUAUACGCACACAAAUUUUGACCCCUUUGACCUUGACCUUGAACUUAGGGUCCGCGUUUAGGUUUCGAAAUCUGUGUUUAGGUUUCGAAAAAUGCUCAUAACUUCUAUCAAAGCGUUUAUUGGGGGCAUAUGUCAUCCUAUGGAGACAGCUCUUUUUCAUCUGUUAUAUUAUCAAAUUAUUUUGUAUUUGUUGUACAAAUAUUUACGUUUAAUAUGCAUUCCUGUAAUAUUGUGUAUUUUAGUGAGUGCUUACAACGUUGUAUAUUGGUAAAAAUCAGUGAAAUGGAAAGAAAACAUGAACAUCA